CCGAAAACUCUUCGCGGGAGUUGUCUGGGAGGCCGCGGGGAAUGCUGGGUCAAAGAUGGCGCCAAAGUCGAAGGCAUGUGUUGAUGUGGGAAGAGUUAUUUCAUUUUUUACGGAUUUACAAAGAAAAGAACCGGAUUCUUGUUAACUGUGGAGAAUCAAAACUGACUGUAAAAUAUUCAUGUGAUGUUAGAGGAACGCAGAGGAGAGUACGAGUGCGUCAAAGAACAAAUUUGUGUUCCACGUGCCAGUGUCGUCGAACGUCGAUUUUCGCUUUGCAGACUCUAGUCAGGAGAAGGCUCAGAACAGAAGGCUCUAGAGAGAAGGUUCAGAACAGAAAAUCAACAGAUUCUUCUGCUUCCCCCAAAACAUCAAAGAAGCAGAUGAAAGUGCCAGGGAAAAAGUACAAGACAAAGAACUUGUCUUAUCAGAUAGUGAGACUGAUGGAAAAAGAUGGGUUCAAAAGUGAACGGUGCUGCACCAUUUUCUCUACACUAACACCAGUGGUCUCAUUGAAGAUGUUCUAGAGAAUCUUCAACAUGGAAUUCAAUCUUGGAUGUGGCCUUCCAUGAUCUGGCACGUGUUCAGAGUGUGAUUCCCUCUGCUUGGCUAUCUAAACAAGGAAUGAGGAAAAUGAGAGGGAAAAAUGGAAGAAGGCACCAGGUGGACAGUAAAGAGGUGUGUAGCUUUGUAUUCUCACAUACAUGUGCAUGACAUAUAAUAAUGUAAAUACCUGGUAUUGUCUAAAGCAAGGUAAACUCUUGUUCACAUGCUGAUAAGCUGCUUUGAUUAUUGGAAUAGUUUGCUAUAUGGGCUGCCUAAUUGCCUGUGUAACAAACUAUUAAUGGCCAUAUUUACUAUUACAGUAAGCAUAUGUGUGUGGCCUAUCAUCAAGCUGCAAAACUGAGCAACAUGGUUGAGGUGAUGUUCAGAGAUUAUGAGCAUGAAAGAUUGGUACACCUUAAAAUUGGCCUGAGUUCAAACUUGCUGAAACGGUUCUGAGUGAAAUGGACUUCGCGUGAAACAACCACAAUUUUAUUAUUUAAGAAGUUGAAAUUUCCAAAGCCAGUUGGCAAUACUUCUUAAGUCUAUGUUAAGAACAAAAUAAACUAUGCAAUCUGUUUGCACCUCUCAAUGCCAUCCCAUCUGAAAGUGUCCUUAAAUUGUCGGCUUUAUGCUCCCUCAAAACUUUCAGAAAUGAAUAAAGAGCAAAUCUUGCGGAAGCCUCCAUUGCCUUUGCACAUAAACGUUGACACUUGCUGACACAGCAGCAUUUCUUUCCUUUGGCAUACUAUUCUUGGCAGCCAAUUGCCGUGGAAAAUGUUUGGAAAAAGCAGUGGAAGGGUGAGAUGUUUUUCUUGCAUUUCUCAGAAAAUAGAAGAGGUGUACUCAUCUUAAUUAAGGAUAGCUUGGAAUUUGAACUUACAUCUGUGCGGCCUGACAAAGAAGGGCAUUUUAUUUUUCUUGGGGCAUUUUGUUCUUAUUUGUGAGCAUUUAUGCUCAAAACAAAACAAGUGAGCAAACACUCCUUUUGAUCAAAUUAAGGAUGCAUUGGGCUAAAGUGAUAUACCAGUAGAUGAUGACUGUAGGAUCAUAAUUUUUGGAGUUUUUAAUGUUAUUUUAGACCCUGACCUUGAUGGUUUUGUUGGCAAGCCAAAAUUGAAGGAAUUGGCUAAGCAGAUUGAAAACAUUUACUUAUUGCAUGAUUUAGUUGACAUUUGGAGAGCUAGGAAUCCAGAAAUAGAAUGAUUCACUUGGAGACAGAAAACACCGAUAAUCCAAAGAAGGCUUGAUUUUUGGUUAGUUGACAAUGAUCUGCAAGAGGAGAUUGAUCAGGCAAAUAUUAUUCCUUCCAUUAAGACAGAUUAUUCAGCAAUCCUGUUGUCGAUUAACAGAAUAGGGGAACAAGUAUGUGGACCCUCUUUCUGGAAGUUCAAUGGAAGUUUAUUAGAUGAUAAAGACUACAAUCAUAUUAACUUUAGAAAAUGUUUACAAAAUUGAGAUUCUGAAGACCGAGCAUGACCUUCAGUAUGAAUAUAUUGUGCAAGGGGCAAUAAUACAGUGUAUGUUCAAGGGCCAGGUGGUAUGAACAACGGGAGAAAAGUAACAAGUACUUUUUUAAACUUGGAGGGAACUUGGAGAGAACUUGGAGAGAAUCCAGAACAUUAUUAGAGAAGAUCAAUCUCUGACAACGAAUCCAAAAGUAAUCAUUGAUGAACUCGAAGGUUUGUACUCAAAUCUUUACCAGGCAAAUUCAUCAGAGAAAGCGAAACCAUGCCAGACUCCUUUCCAAAGAACAUGUCUGUACCUAAACUUUCUGAAAUGCAGAAAGGGAAAUGUGAGGAAAAUUUUACUA